UUUCGGCUCAGUUCCUUCUCCACUACGGACUGGUGCAGAGUCCGCAUUCACCGCAAGCGCUGCACCAGUCUGCCUGUCGAUCUCCCGCUCCCUCUUACCUUCACUCGUGAACAAGACCCCAAGUGUAGACUUCACUAUUGUUUAGUUUAGUUUUUAGUUUAAAAAAACAACAACUUAAAAUUCAGAUAUUUUUAAAACCGAAGCCGCUACCAACCCGAAACCAAAACGGGCAUCUACCUUAGGCAUAUAUGAGUCUCCAUGAGCAGCGGCAUCAAAAAAUUCAAAGCCGUUCCCUAAUAAAGUCCCGAAUAUUUUCUAUGUAAGUAUAACAAUACUUAAAGUGUAUGUCAACACCUGGGGAAAUGCUAAUAUUCCAUCAUUUAUCCAUAAACGAAUGCCUUUUGGAUUCAUAUCAUGUCACUUCGUGUAAUUGCACACAUCGCAACACCAAGAAAAUGAGAGAAAUUUGGGUCAAUUUCAAGCUAAAAAGACCCGCCCCCGAGAUCCCGGAAAUCUGGCAGAUUGUGGGCGUGACAUCAAAACAAGGAAACAACCGGCUCGGUGCUUUAAUACUGAAUGGCGGCGAUGAUGGCGGACAAUUAUGUUUCUAGUUGCAGCGACGAAUCCGACGUAACGAACAUUCUUCUAAUGGUGACGAGGAGAGUUAUGAACCUUUCUUUGGUGUUUUGGGUUAUCAAUUUGAGCCCAAACGAAAGCCAAUGCAGCCUAAUGAAAGGAUCAUUGAGGGGAGCAAUCACACUGAUGAAACCCCGACAACAGUUCGUGUGGGAAACACCAAAUGAUGCCCGAUUGACGGUCACCCGGCUCAAGCGUUUAUAAGUAGGGAAGGAUGGCUGUGGACAGAAAACGGAAGGAGCUGCUGUUGAAAACGCUGAAGGACCUGGGGGAGGAUGACUUCGAGAUCUUCAAGUUCUACACGUCCCUGUCUCGAAAGGUCUGUGACAACGCCAGCCGGGAGAACAUUGCCGACGAGUUGCUGAGGAAGCAUGGCGAGAACACUCUGGAUGUGACCAUCAAGAUUCUGGAGAAAAUCGGGAAUAACAAUUUGGCCGAGAUGUUGCGUCGCAACAUGCAGGAGAUAACAGGCACAACUCCUCUUGCUGCAGCUGGCUCAGCAGCCCUGUCUCCUGACCCCCUUUAUGACCCAGCCUCAUCUUUACUCCCAAUUGAAGGAGGUGCGGUUUUCUCCGUCCAUGAUGAUGAUCAGAUUGCCAGAUUGAAGGGGGACCUACAGGACGACCUGAGGAGUUUAUACAGCAUUGUUCCCGAGGGUCGUGAGCAGCAGCCUCUGGCGGACAUCAACACGGAGAUCAACGUCACCUACGGUGAUGACGUUGGCCCCGACAAGCGGCACGAGGUCCUUCAUAUGGAGACGUGCGGCGCGGCCAAGAAGUCUAUCCUGCCGUGCGACAUCUUCAAAAGCACCGAUGGGAAGCCGAUACGCACGCUCCUCACCGUCGGCUUCGCGGGAAUCGGAAAAACCUUUCUUGUGCAAAAAUUUGUAUUGGACUGGGCCAGCAGAAAUACUAACCAUGAUGUACACUUCAUAUUUCCCUUCACCUUCCGCGAGUUGAACAUGGAUAGCGGGAAAAGUUUUACAUUGGCCAAGCUCAUCGGACUUUACGUCUGCAAAAGCAGGCGCAUGAGCGAAGAGACGCUGAACAAUAUCUUUGCCGACCUGCAGACUUCUGAGAAUCGGAACUAUGAAAGCAGUGGGAUAAAGAUCUUGUUCAUUCUGGACGGACUGGACGAGUCCAUAUUAAAAAUGGACUUGAAGAACGAGACCAAAGUGGACAUUGACGUGAAGAAGCCCUACCCACUGGAGGUGCUCCUGGCGCACCUCGUCAAGGGGAACCUGCUUCCCUGCGCCCGGGUUUGGAUCACCACGCGUCCCGCGGCAGUCCACGAUAUCCCCUCCGAACUCAUCGAUAGCCAAACAGAGGUGAGAGGAUUCAGUGAUUCGCAGAGGCUGAAGUACUUCAAUACAAGGUUCCCAAAUAAGGAACGCAUUACUGAGCAUAUCAAGAAAUCACGCACCAUCUUCAUCAUGUGCCACAUGCCCAUCUUCUGCUGGAUGGCCGCAACAGUUCUUCAGGAUUAUUUGGACAAAGGGAAGGAAGUAGAGCUUCCCACAACGCUGACUGACAUGUAUGGAGGGUAUGUUUCUCGCCACAUGGAUGAAUCAGAUAAGAGACUUACUUCGGAGUACAUCCAUUACCUGAAAGCCCUAGCAAAGUUGGCCUUUCACCACACGAUGAAUAAGUGUCAGAUCUUCUACGAGAAGGAGCUGGUGGACAGUGGCUUUGAUUGGGAGCGAGCAGCAAAACACUGCAGUUUGGUCACCGAGGUGUUUAAGGAGGUACCGCCGCUAAGGAGAAACCAACAGUGCAAGAUGUUUCAGUUUAUCCAUCUUACCGUCCAGGAGUUUCUGGCCGCACUGUACGUAAUGAUGAGCCUCUUCCAUGACAACAAGAACGUAUUGGACGAUUCAGGGCUGGCUCCAAAAGGUGUUUCCAUCCCAAUCACUCAGGUUCACUGGUCAGCUCUCCAGAAAGCCUGUGAGAGUGAAGGAAACCUGGACCUGUUCCUCCGCUUCCUCUUUGGCCUUUCCUUCCAGUGUAACCAGGAACUAGUGGAAGAACUGCUUAAGGCACCUAAAGACUCCAGGCAAAGCAAUUCAGACACAGUCAAGUUGAUCAAGGAAAGGAUAAAACAGAACACUCCAGAGAAGAACAUCAACUUAUUCUAUUGCCUAAACGAGCUGAAGGACGACUCCUUGCUAGAGCAGAUCCAGCAGUAUCUACGUUCGGGACAUGUGUCCUGGAACAAAAUGCCAACUGAGAUGUGGUCAGCCCUGGCCUUCUUCUUAAUGUGUGACAAAGAAACAAUAAAUUCCUUUAACCUGAGGAAGUACUCCGCAUCGGCACUGGGGCUCGAGAUGCUGCUGUCGGUGGUAAAGGCUUCUCAAAAAUCUUUGUUAUUUGGAUGUAAACUGGACAAAAACAGUUGUCCCCUGCUGGCCUCCGUUCUCAGCUCUCCAUCCAACCUGAAACAUCUGGACCUGAAAAACAACAACCUGUCGGACGAGGGGGUCGAGUUCCUCUCGAAGGGGCUGGCCAGCCCACACUGCAUCCUAAAUGUCCUCAGCCUGGAAUACUGCAGGAUCACGGCGCGAGGAUGCAUUUCAUUGGCCAAGGCUCUCAAGUUCAAUCCCUACUAUCUUCAAGAAUUGAACCUGAGAGAUAACGAUCUUUUGGACGAGGGGGUCCAGAUCCUCUCGAAAGGACUGGCCAGCCCAGGCUGCAUCCUAAAAGUCCUCAGGCUGUCACGAUGCAAGAUCACAGAGCAAGGAUGCGUUUCAUUGGCCGAGACUCUCAAGUUAAACCCGUCCCAUCUUCAGGAGCUGCACCUGACCGGCAAUUACCUGUCGGACAAGGGGGUCGAGAUCCUCUCAGAAGGACUGGCCAGCCCAGAAUGCAUCUUAAAAGUCCUUGAUCUGUCAAAAUGCAAGAUCACAAAGAAAGGAUGCGUUUCAUUGGCCGAGGCUCUCCAGGUAAAAUCCUCUCAUCUUCAGGAGCUGCACCUGAGCACCAAUUAUCUGUCAGACGAGGGGUUUGAGAUUCUCUCGAAGGGACUGGCCAGCCCACACUGCAUCUUAAAAGUCCUAAAGCUGUCAAAAUGCAAGAUCACGAAGAAAGGAUGUGUUUCACUGGCCGAGGCUCUCAAGUUAAACCGCUCCCGUCUUCAAAUUCUGGACCUCAGCUACAAUGAUCUGUCGGACGAGGGGACUGAGAGCCUCUCUGAAGGAUUGUCCAGCCUACAUUGCAACUUAAAAGUGCUUGAUCUGUCAAAAUGCAAUAUCACGAAGAAAGGAUGCGUUUCAUUGGUCGAGGCUCUGAGAUUUAAUCCCUCCCUUCUUCGAAACCUGGUUCUGUGGGGCAACGACCUGGGAGAAGAAGGAAAGAGGUUGUUAACAGUGGUCAAAAGGGAUUACAGCUCUAGCAUGGAUUCUGUUGGCAUUAACUUUCAAGAACAACGUUUGAUUCCUUGCAUCAAGAUAGGCAUGCGGAGGACCAGUUUUCCAUGACUGACUCGGAAUUGUGAUUGGUCUGACCACAGAGCAGUUUUCUGUUUUUAAAAAAAAAAAAUUAUCUGUUCUGUUCAGCUGCUUAAUGCGGAGAAUGUGAAUCUGAGUGUCCAUUGGUCUGUAGUUUUACUGUAUCACAUGGAAGAAUGAUAUACUUAUAUGCAGGGGUGAAAGUGGGCCAGAACGGCAAGGAACGCAGUUCCGGUAUAAGAUUCAGGGCCAGAACGCAGUUCCGGUAUAAGAUUCAGGGCCGGAAUGCUGUUCCGUUACACGGUGCUUUGAUUCCGAAAAUAUGACAGCAACUGUCAAAAUGCUAUGUCAAAAAAAAAAAGCUAAGCUGCCACACAUGCAUUUAAGCUCCAAGAAGAAAACAAUCUACCAACAUCAUCUUUACAUACACAAGUGUUAACAACAAGCAUAAUAAAGUGCUUGUGUAGCGUAAUCCUUUUCCACCCAUAUCUAUUAUUGAUUUUAUUCCACGGACGGCAUGGAGGUUUUCCCAGCUGCUGCAGUUAUCUGAGUCUGACGGUGAUGAGUCACGUCAAUGUGCGAAUGCAUGCAGCAAAGCAAAACGCCUGGACUCAUUUAUUCGUUCAAUUGGCUGACAUACUGACAUGUCAUCAGCAGAGAUGGUUAGCCCUGAUUGUGUUCAAAUGUGCAUGUUUUCUGGAACAGCAAAAAAAAAAAAAAAAAAAAAAAAAAAAAAACGUUGAAUUGAUGCGACAAAAAAAGGGCAAUGCAAAUAAAAUGGAUCAAAUCUUUAAGAGCAACGAAAGAGUUGAGGAGGCUUAUUUAUCAUAUUUAAUUUUAUUUGCUCUGAUGGGGAGGUUCAGAACAUCUUAGCUGUCAAUGUGCACUUUGGACUUAUAUUUGUUCAUUUAUGUUAGGCUACUUAUUCAUUUCCUUAUGAUUUAAAAAAGUCAAUGUUUGCGCAAUCUUCAAAAUAUAUUCCAUUUCACUCUGCAUAAUAUAAGUCAGACAUGUCCAAAGUCCGGCCCAGGGGCCAAAUGCGGCCCGUGGUCAAAAUUCAUCCAGCACCUAGCAGGGGUCGCGUUAACCGAAUAUUUUCCGUCGUUGACCGGUUUUUUAAAACGGUGACGGAAAAAACUGAAGUCCGUCCGUCAUUUUGACAGGUUGCAAUUCACACCCCAGAACACAGGGUGGCGAGUGAGCAUAUUAAUUAGCUAUUGUCUCUCUUAAUGCAUGACGUCGUUGGCUAUUCUGUCAGAAUAUUGUAGCGUCACCGGGGUCUGGCGGCAGCACCGUGAUUGACACAUCAACGCGAGGUUCUUAUUGGUGCACCCGGUGUGCCAGCGCGUCAUCCAAUUGGUGGACUAGAUUGCCGCCUGUGUAUAGACCCCAAUCACAUGACGUUACAACUCCGCCCCCUGACUGGAGCCGCCAUAUUGUGUGUCAGCUCGUCGUGUUUACACAUUACCGCUACGUACAUGCCUCCUAUUACGGCGUGUUUUUCUGCUCGUUAACACUAAUAAUCAAAAUGGUGAAGGCGUGUGUGGCGGUUGGUUGCAGUAACAGAGAAGAUAGACUUGAAGUUCUACCGUAUUCUGAGAGACCCGAAGAGGAGAGCGAGAUGGACUGCUGUAAUUCGACAAGAAAUCUGGGCACCAAACGAUCACCACAGACUAUGUAGUAGUCAUUUUAUAUCUGGUAAAAUGCAUUUAAUAUAUAUUUAGAAGAUUUUGGGCUGACAACCACAAUUAAGACGUUUGACGUGUGACGUUGGUGAUCGGGGUCUAUAAAGUUGCCUCUUUUUCUUUGGGGGCGGAGUUGUUGUUUUGUUGGUGUUGUUGGCGGUAAGCAGAGUAAAAAGAGGGAGAAAAAUACCACGACUUCCGUGUCUAAUUUUUCGCCGCCAAGCAAGCGUUACAAUAUUAAUUAAAAAUGAAUGAAAACUAAAUACUAUUGAAUAUAUCAUCAUUAUCAUUUUUAAAAUUUAAGUGACGGGUAAAAAUACAUUAUGACCGGAUUUUUAUGACCCUGUCAGUCAAAAUGACAGACAACGAAAAUGUCUAGCGCAACCUCUGGCCCCCAGCCUCUGUCAUAAAAUCAAUAAUGUCUGGCCCGAACACAGACUUAAUGAAUUGGUCAGUAGUACUGCAACCGGCAUAUGAAGUAGCUUACACACAAAAUGCUGCCCUCAUUUACCCACUAAACGGCACUUUAACCCUUUAUUGCCAAAUGUAUCAUAUUUGAUACAACUAAAAUUUCAUGAUUUUAAGACAAAUUUAGAAUUUUGACAUUUCUUUUUGAAAAAAAAAAAAAAGUGAUGGAUGCAAGUCAACACAUGCAUCUUCAGGUUCCAUGAGAAAAAACACAUGAUUUAGCAUGGGUUAUAGAUAUAGAGCGCUUAUUACACAUAUUCAUUUUGACUUUUCUUUUUACAAAUUUGAAAAAAAAAAGGUUUCAUUAGGACUUUAUUUUUCAAAUUUAGGGAUUCUCUGAUAAUUGCUUCAUGUUGGAGGUAUUUAAGGGCUAAGCAAUAUUACUCCGUGUGACCCAUUACUUCCAUUUUCUAAAAUGGUGACAAUCAACAAAAAAAGAGAAAGUUGACUGUGACGGCCGACGCUUCAAGGAUAGGUGGAAAUUAGACUAUUUCUUCACUAUAAUACGCAAAAACUGUCUGCCUCAUUUGCAAAGAGACGUCGCUGUUUUUAAAGAUUUCAAUGUGAGGCGAUAUUACCAAACAAGACACGCUAACAUGUACGACAAGAUUACAGGGAAGAUACGCAGCAAGAAAUUGAAGCAACUUGAAGCUAGUUUAAUGUCAUAGAAGCAGUAUUUUGCAAGAGCCCGAGAGUCGAAAGAGUUAAAAAAAUAAUUAAGCAAUUGUGACACACUGAAUGGCUUGCUAAAAUUUACUUAAAUAUAUUGUUCUACGUAAAGGACGUCAGCCAAGGUCGGCCCCCCACAUUUUUACCACACCAAAUCUGGCCUCGUUUGCAAAAAGUUUGGACACCCCUGAUAUAAGUCAUUUGUACUUAUUUUUCUGAAUGUAUGUUACUUAUAUCUUUAUUCUUAAAAAAAAAAGUAAAUGUUUACAUUAACUACAUUUCUAAUAUGUAUCCUAUGUUCUUAAGUAGUUAAAAUUGAGUUUUAGCAUUUAGUAUGUGAGGGAAAAUAAAAAUUAGGAGAUGGAGCUUGGGGUUAUUGCUGUUUUUGUUAAUUUUUAUUUUUUCAAAUCAUUGAAAAAAUACAUUUUUGAAUGAAAAUCAGUUUUUGUAUGUGUUAUUGAAAUACUCGGGCUAAAACAGUUUUCUUUGCAUUUCAGUAGUUUAAGAUGUUUGACCCCCCCAAAAAAUGAAAGAAAAAUAAAAAAUAAAAUUUCUGGCUCUGUGGCGACCUUCACGUUGGAGAGUUCUGGCAAGAAAUUCUAGCCACUUUCACCCCUGCUUAUAUGUGAAUUAUUUGUAAGUGUCGAUACUGUAUGUUAACAUCCUAUUGCAUGCUGCCUGAUCGCUCAUCCUGGCACCGACAGUUUUUCUUUUCGAGUGUGUCUAAUUGCAUCCAAUCUUGCGUUCUAACUCCGGUUCAUCAUGAUAUCGGGAAGAUUUUCGUGGUCGUCAGCCCACAUUGAUCAGCAAUGUAUUUUUAAUCCAAAAUACAGGUAUAUCAGAAUUAAAUCUGUCCUGGUAAAUUUAAAAUUGUGUAAUUUAACGCUUAAGGUCCUGAACCUUUAUGUGUGUGUGUGUGUGUGUGUGUGUGUGUGUGUGUGUGUGUGUGUGUGUGUGCGUGUGUGUGUGUGUGUUUUGGGCCGUUUUUUUUUUUAAAUAGAAAAAUACUUUUUAGAAAAAACGUUUUUUUUUUCUUUUUUAAAAAUUUAGGUGCGUUCAAAAAGUCCCUCCAAAUAUAAUGAAUUUGAUAGAACACAAAUUAUAAUGCAGUUAGUGAAAAUGGAGUACACAGAGAAGAACAAAAAAAUGAUCUUAUCUCUUACACUCUUGUCCGUUAGUGACACUACCUCGUCCAACGAGAUGAGCGGGAUUUCGUGUUGUCAUUGUUCCGUCAGCUCAUUGAUCAAAAUGCAGGAUAAGCGGGGUAAUGCGUUUUCCCUUUAUAUUCUUGUAAGGACCAGUGUUUUUCAUUCUACAAAUAAGACACUAUUUUUCGAGUUUCAUGAUAAUGAGGGAGAACGUGUGUCUUGAAAGCGUAAUAAGGGAAGGGGAGUUUUGUUUCUGAAUUCUGGACGAUUCUGUUUUUUAAGGGACAGUUGGCAAACCUACAGUAGCUGUAUGAAAUGGGUUAAAAUAUCCAUGCGGCAGAAUCGAUAUAACUUUAAAUUUAUCCACCUGCCUUUGUCCUUUGCUAAGUUUAAUGGGGGAGCUAAAAAGUUAUUUCCACAAUGCUACCGGUUUUAGCAUCUCCCACCGGGCACAGACUAGGGGUCCGUUGCAACACCGCCAGCUACAGGCCGGCCUAAAAAGGUGCCUGAGUACGUACAGAAACUCCCGCAGUUUGUUAUACACGUAGCGCUUAGCUUGCGCUAAUAAUACAUUUCAUGAGGGGAAAAAAUCUUAAAUGAAAACUGAAAGUAUGUAAACCGAAAAGGUCCACAUGAACCAUUACGCCCUUAGUUAUCAGUGUAUCGAGUAGUAUGUGCUGGAGUGUGGGAAUACAACUGUCUCCCUCCCUCUGGCGACGUCACACAGGCUAGUAAACAAUGUUUAGCCAUGCCGAUGAAUUGGCCGGUAGUCUUCAGAACUCCUGCAAGUCAAAUCCGCUUUUCUUCAGUCAGUGUGGACAAUAUUUAACAGAGGGUGGCAGGUUAUUUCUACAUAUAUUAUAUAAAAAUAGAAACAAACUAACUGAUGUGAUUUUGGAAGAGCAAAGUAUUUGCCCUUUAACUUGCCUUUUUUUCCCGCAAUCUACUAAAAAAAGAGUGUAUCUCGCGAAAUGUAUGUUUUUAUUCAGAUGUAUUUGUAAAAGCUAUUUUGUUUACAUUCUAAGAAUAAAAUCAAAUCCUGGCUUUUGUACUGAAAAUGAACUGUAUAGAGCUUCUCAAGAAACCGAAACGAAAUGGUGGCCGAAAACUGUCAUUGCAUGUAAUUGACUUUCCUAUAUAUGAUUUAAAAUGAAGAGUUUUCCGUAAAAUAUUGUCUAUAAAAGUUGUAAAGCAAUAAAACAAAUAACAAAAAAUGAAUGAAUAGGACCCAAAAAAAAAUUCAAAGGGUAAAAAUUUUUCUUCGAACAGAUCAUGUGACUAACACCCAGGGGCGCCGUACAGGGGUGAAAAGCGAUAUUGAUUCGAAGGGCCCAUGCCCUAAUGGGGCCCACAAAGAAAAUUAGAACAUUAGGCAAUCUUUUGCAAAUUUAAAUAUUAAUCAUUGUAAUAUAAAAGGAAUAAAACAAAGGGCUUCUUUUUCUUGUUUUGUUUUUAGCAAAAAGUAAACACCCAGAGAGCAUAUGUAUUGCCGGCCACCCCCCAAUCCCCGUAUUUUCAUUAAAUGGUUUGGUCCACCCUUCCAUCGAUCAGACCGGGAGCAGCGGUGCGCAUUUACACCAGUCAAUGACUCGGCGUGCGCGGUACUGCAGAAGUGUUUUCAAAACAGAAAACGGGUUAUCAAAAGAGGAAAGAAAAGAAAGCAAAACAGGAGAGGGGUAGAAAAGGCCAACA